GCAAAAGAGAGAAAUAAUUUUCCCAACGCAAAGUUCAGCUGUCGAACGUUGCCGUUCCUACAGGAAACAGCGUUUCUUUCUUUCGUCUCUUUUCCCUUUCUCCUUUACCCGUUUUUCCCCUUUUCUCUCCCUUUCUACCUCCUCCUCUCCCUCCAUCAAUAUCUUCGUGCGGAGAGAGCACAUCCGUGUGACGGCACUCUUUAUCAGUUUCAGCGCCUCGCGUACUGCUGUUGUUUCUGUUGACCGUUUGGAUCGUAUACGCUCUGCUUCCCCUUCCCCCUCAUCCUUUUUGGUUCUUCUCUAUUCGUGUUAGGGAGGUAUCUCUUAUUUCAACUUAGACCCGUAGUCUACACACCUUUGCUGGACUCUUUAUCCGCCCUUUUUUCUUCCUUUUGCUGUGUACUUUAUUUGUUUUGUUAACGUCUGCCAUUACUUUCUCAGCUCCCGUACUCGGCAACCGAUCCGAUCCCAUACACACACGCACACGCACACGAGGCAGAAACAAGAAAAAAAACGUAGAGAAAGCCUGCUGGAAUAAUAACAUACAGAAUGCAGUACAUCAACAACCUCUUCACGUGCAGCGUGCUGCCGACGGUGGAAGACAACGACACCAACGCCGCCGCCGCUCCUGAGGAGCGUGAGGUGCCGCAGUUCACGAAGGGCAACUUCCAGUACAACUGGAUCGGCAUCUACAUCAUCACCGUGCCCUUCCUCUUCGUCCUGCUGGGCAUCUACCUCUGCGUGCCCUUCUCCAUCCCGAUCUUCGUGUGGUGCAUCUUCUUUGCCGUGGCGACGGGUAUGGUGGGCGUGACGACCGGCUAUCACCGACUGUUCUCACACAACGCCUUUACCGCCGGGCAGGCGAUGCAGUGGGUGUGCGCCUUUAUCGGGGCUGGCGCCUUUCAGGGCUCCAUCAAGUGGUGGGCCCGUAACCACCGCAUCCAUCAUAAGUUUACGGACACCUACAAGGACCCGUACGAUGCCCGUCGCGGCUUUUGGUUCUCCCACUGCGGGUGGUUCAUCAUGCGCAUGGACUACCAACUCCUCGGCGACGCGGACGUGUCGGACUUAAAGGACAACUUGGUGAUCGACUUUCAGCGCAGGUACUUCGCGGUCAUCGCCGCCAUAACGGGGAUUAUUCUGCCCCUGAUGAUGGCGGGGGCGACGACGGGGGAGUGGAGGGCGGCCUUCUUCUGGGUUGUGUGGCUGAAGAUCUUCCUGGUCCACCAGUUCUCCUUCUUCAUCAACAGCCUCGCACACAUGAACGUCUUCGGUGCGACACAGCCCUACGCCGACACCACCACACCGCGCGACUCUCUCAUCUGCGCACUCGUCACCUUUGGUGAAGGCUACCACAACUUCCAUCAUCAGUUCCCCAACGACUACCGCAACGGGUACAAGCUCUGGCAGUUUGACAUGACAAAGUACUACAUCGCUGUUUUGAAAUUCUUUGGGUUUUGCGACCAGCUGCAUCGUGUGCCGAACGAGGUAAUUGAGCGGACGGCGGCUACGCAAGGCAUCAAGACACACGAGAAGUUGUUGCAGGAAAACAUCGAAGAGGCGCAGCGGCUGGAGGUGCCGGCGAUUCAGACCUUCACCAUGGACGACGUGAAGAAGGAGGUGGAAGGCGGGCGCAAGUUGAUCAUCAUCGACGGCUACGUGCUGGAUCUUGGGAUCCCGAUCCCGGUGGACACCGGGGCGCGGGAGCUUGGGGAGCACCUGAACUGGAUGGACAGCCACCCCGGCGGCCGUGCGCUGCUCGCGGCGUACAUCGGCAAGGACGCGACGGCGGCCUUCAACGGCGGUGUGUACGCACACACCGUGGGCGCACGCAAUUAUCUGCCUGAGAUGCGAGUGGGACGGCUGAAGGAGCGGCGGGCGCCCUCGCGCAUCUCACCGAGUGGGCUCGCCACGGAGGUGACGCUGGGCCGCUGA